AUGGCUGGCUCAAUUUCCCGCCUUGAGCUCCUUCAAUGGUUCAAGGCGGGCAAGAAGGUUGGCAAAGACUUUGUUCUCGUCGACCUACGUCGCACGGACUUUGAGGGAGGCACAAUCCAGGGAUCUUUAAAUCUUCCAGCACAGAGCCUGUAUCCUAGCAUUCCUGCUCUUUAUUCAAUUCUGUUGCAAGCCAGGGUUCCUAAAGUGGUGUGGUAUUGCGGUUCUUCCCGAGGCCGCGGAACACGUGCGGCUGCUUGGUUUGCGGAAUAUCUGGAGGGGCAGAAUAAUAGGGAAAUGGAUAGCGUUGUGCUGGAAGGGGGCAUCAAGGGAUGGGUGGCAGCCGGUGAGGAUUAUAUCCGGUGUAUGGAUGGAUAUGAUGCGUCGAAAUGGAAGGAAUAG